UACAAAUAUCAAGGAAGAUCGAUUUGGUAAUCGCAAUGCAGGUUCGCCACAGACCUCAUCUGAUGUUUAUCAUGUUAGAAAUUCCGCGCUGGUGCCCGUAAAUAUUUCGCAAAUCGUGCUAUAA